AUGACAGCAAUGCUGAGCCCAAAGAUCAGACAGACCAGGAGAGCCAGGUCCAAGAGCAUGGUGAUGGGCGAGGUGUCGCGGGGCCCGUGCCGGCCGGCCUCCCCCAGCCUCCAGGAGGGGGCGCUGAAGGCGGGCUGGCUGAAGAAGCAGCGCAGCAUCAUGAAGAACUGGCAGCUGCGGUGGUUUGUGCUGCGCUCGGAUCAGCUGUACUUCUACAAAGACGAGGAGGAAACCAAACCACAGGGCUGUAUUCCUCUGCAGGGCUGCCAGGUGAAUGAACUCACAGCGAACCCGGACGAACCAGGAAGACACCUCUUCGAGAUUGUACCAGGUGGAACAGGAGAGAAGGACCGGGCACCAAUCAGUCAUGAAUCCUUCCUUCUCAUGGCAAACUCCCAGACAGACAUGGAUGACUGGGUCAAGGCCAUACGGCGAGUCAUCUGGGCGCCGUUUGGAGGAGGGAUAUUUGGCCAGCGUCUAGAGGACACGGUGCAGUAUGAGAGGAAGUUUGGCCCCCGGCUGGCCCCUCUGCUGGUGGAGCAGUGUGUGGACUUCCUCAGGGAGCGGGGUCUGGAUGAGGAGGGUCUCUUCAGGAUGCCAGGACAGGCCAACCUGGUCAAAGAUCUGCAAGAGGCCUUCGACUGCGGUGACAAGCCUCUGUUUGACAGUAACACAGACAUCCACACGGUGGCAUCCUUGCUGAAGUUGUACCUGCGGGAGCUGCCUGAACCAGUCAUUCCCUUUUCCAAAUAUGAAGACUUUCUAACCUGUGCACAGCUGUUGGCCAAAGAUGAGGAGGAGGGGGUCCAGGAGCUUGGAAAUCAAGUUAGCACUCUACCUCUACCUAACUUCAAUCUUCUCAAGUACAUAUGCAAAUUCCUUGAUGAGGUCCAGUCCCACUGUAUUCAUAACAAGAUGAGUGUCCAGAACCUUGCCACAGUAUUUGGACCAAAUAUCCUUCGACCCAAGAUGGAAGACCCAGUCACCAUCAUGGAAGGUACCUCUCUGGUCCAGCACCUGAUGACAAUCCUCAUUAGGGAACACAACCGGUUGUACUCAGGGAGGGACCAGGAGGGUCUCACCGUACCUCUAGCAGAGCUCCCCAUCCAGGGGCAUCAGCUGCAACACCGCAGCCUGGGAGCCUGGAUCUCUGAGGAGGACCUUCAGAGCGGCCCGGUCUCCAUCCCCGACCAAGAGUUAGACAGCAGUGCCUCGUCCCUGGACGCCAAACUGUGUGCGGCGGUCACACCCACCCAAAGCCCGAAGCUGGGGUCUCCGUCAGGGAAGGGCGAGACAGUUGUCAGCCCGAGCAAACAAGCCAAGACCAUUCCUUCCUGGAAGUACUCCUUCAAAAGCUCCUCAGCGCCACGUUCUCAGCCCCAAGCCAAGCAAGGCAGUGGCGGCGCAGGCUCUGUGGCAGAUACAACUAGUGUAUCUUCUGGCGGAGGUGGAGGUGGUGGUGGUGGGGGUAACUGGCUCAUGAAUGGUUUGUCCUCCUUGAGGGGACACCGGCGCACAUCCUCCGGCGAGCGAUCCGCCCGUGACCGAGACUCCACCGGCUCCUCGCAAAGACUGUCCACCUAUGACAACGUCACCUCCUCCUCCAGCAUGGGGAGCGUACCGAGCGUGUCCAGCACCCCCUGGUCCACCUCCUCCUGCGAGAUCUCCGUUCCAGACUCGGCGAGCGAGCCUUCAGUAAACCAGAACUGUGGAGAGAGUGGGGAGAAGGGGGAUUGGAUGGAGAGCCAGAGGGAGAUCGACAGAGGAAGGGAUGGAGGGAUGAUGACCGACCCGAGCUCUGAGCAGGACAGUUGCGAGGCCAUGGAGCUGUGCAGCAGCAGUGCGGCCUGCAGCGAGAACGGAAACACGGUCGCGGCAGCUGGCGUUCCGUCCAUUAUCAUGUCCGAGGAUGGAGACGAGGUCAAUUCAACGCUGAGCAGUCUGGUGGAAGGACUGAAGGACGAGCUGACAAAACAGAAGACUUCCUACGAGACAAGGAUACAAAAACUGGAAGAGUCCAGCGCUGCUCUGUGUGCGCAGAUGGAGCGUUUGGAACAAGAGAUGGAGCAGGAAAGGAAGAAGCAACGCAUGCUGGAGAUCAAACUGCGAAACUCUGAACGGGCAAGAGAGGAUGCGGAGAACCGCAACCGGCUCCUGGAGAAGGAGAUGGAGGAUUUCUUUUCCACGCUGGGAGAUCUGGCCCUGGGUGCGAGGACUAGCGACAUUUGA